AAUGGGUCAUUUGGUCUGGAGCACGUCUCUAUUGUGAGGACAAGCUCAAAAGCUUGAAGAAAGCCCUUACAUUUUGGCUUGAUUUGGAAGCACAGAUUGGCUACAAAACAAGUCUCUCUUUCUCUUUGAUCGCGAGACAACACAUAGCCACAUAGCAGAACAUAUCGAAAUUGAAAAAGGAGAUAAGAUCGUAUCAUGGAUUACUGGAAAACAAAGGUUCUACCAAAGAUCAAGAAAGUUUUCGACAAGAACAGUACCAAGAAGGCUGCUGCUGCUGAAGUUUGCAAGACCUUCGAUGACUCUAAGGAAGAGUACAGCAAGGAGUUUGAAGAGAAGAAGACUGAGCUCCAACCUAAAGUUAUUGAAAUCUACGAGGCUUCAUCAACUGAGAUCAAGGCUUUGGUUAAGGAACCGAAGGAUGCAGGCCUAAAGAAGCACUCCGCCGGAGUUCAAAAGUUGCUCGACGAGCUCGUUAAAAUCGAGUUUCCUGGAUCAAAAGCAAUUUGUGAAGCAUCUUCAAAACUUGGGCCAACUUUGCUUCCGGGACCAAUUUUCUUUGUGUUUGAGAAGGUGUCAACAUUCAUAGUCACGGAGGAGAAAGCGGAGGAGCCACCACCGGAAACCUCGGCAGCAGUGGCAGAAGAAACAGGUGGCAAAGAGAUAGUGGUUGAAGAGGGAAAGAAGGAAGAGGUGGUUGCUGUGGUGGCCGAGGGUGAACCGGCAGUGGCAGAGCCACCUCCGACCACCUCGGAGCCACCAAAAGUGGAAGAGCAGGUGGCGGCUGAGCCACCCAAGCCUUGACCAAUUUGAGCAAGGAACAAAGAACUUUGUGUACAAGUUCAUAUAUGUAGAGAUGGGGAAAAAAAUGAUUUGUUAUUCUUUAUUAUUCUCUAGACUUUAGAUAUUGUGAUUUGUUUUUGUUUUUGUUUUUUUCGUUUUUGUUUUUGUUUUGUUAUUUGUGAUAUAAUUUGUUUUCUUGGGUUUCGAAAGAUUUGAUGUUCAUUAUGUGUGUAUUGUUGGGUUUCAGUGAAUUUGUAAUCCUCGUAUUUUUGAACUGGAAAUGAGAGCCCUCAAUUUUUUCUA